ACUACUUCGUGUGGGCGGAAGUAAAGUCACUAGCUGGUAAGGGCGGACGUCAAGGAGCCCAGGGGCGCAUUGCUCUCCGGAAAUGACGACUGAGUGUCAACAUGCAAGAUGGCGGCACAUCACAGGCAGAACACGGCUGGGCGGAGGAAAGUUCAGGUAUCGUAUGUAAUCAGAGAUGAAGUGGAGAAGUACAAUCGCAAUGGGGUGAACGCUCUGCAGCUGGAUCCUGCGCUGAACAGGCUCUUCACAGCGGGCCGGGAUUCUAUCAUCAGGAUAUGGAAUGUGAACCAGCACAAGCAAGAUCCGUAUAUUGCAUCUAUGGAACACCACACCGACUGGGUCAACGACAUUGUCCUCUGCUGCAAUGGCAAAACGUUAAUCUCUGCAUCUUCGGAUACUACUGUUAAAGUAUGGAAUGCACACAAGGGGUUUUGUAUGUCAACCUUAAGGACACACAAGGACUAUGUGAAAGCUUUGGCUUAUGCAAAAGAUAAAGAACUGGUGGCGUCUGCAGGAUUGGACAGGCAGAUAUUUCUCUGGGAUGUAAAUACUCUCACCGCACUGACUGCCUCCAACAAUACAGUCACCACUUCCUCUUUGAGUGGAAACAAAGAUUCAAUCUACAGCCUUGCGAUGAACCAGAUGGGAACAGUAAUUGUCUCUGGGUCUACAGAAAAGGUCUUGAGAGUCUGGGAUCCACGAACUUGCCAAAAGCUGAUGAAGCUGAAAGGACACACGGACAAUGUGAAAGCUCUGCUGUUAAACCGAGAUGGAACUCAGUGUCUCUCAGGCAGCUCCGAUGGAACAAUCCGACUGUGGUCUCUGGGUCAACAAAGGUGUAUAGCCACCUACCGCGUCCAUGAUGAAGGGGUUUGGGCUCUCCAGGUCAACGAAGGCUUCACACAUGUCUAUUCAGGAGGAAGGGACCGGAAGAUCUAUUGUACAGACCUACGGAAUCCUGAUAUUCGCUUGCUUAUAUGUGAAGAGAAAGCGCCAGUUCUAAAGAUGGAGCUGGAUAGGUCAGCAGACCCUCCCGUGGCACUUUGGGUGUCAACAACUAAAUCCUCUGUGAAUAAAUGGCCUAUCAAAGGUAUCCUGAACUUCAGAACAUCUGGAGAUUAUGAGAAUGACUGCAGCACACCACUCAGCCCUAUUUGCUCCCAGCCUGACCAGACUAUUAAAGGGGGGGCUAGCAUCAUCCAGUGCAAUAUUCUCAAUGAUAAAAGGCACAUAUUAACCAAAGACACUAAUAACAAUGUGGCUUAUUGGGAUGUUUUAAAGGCUUGCAAAGUCGAAGAUCUGGGAAAAGUAGAUUUUGAAGAAGAAAUAAAGAAAAAAUUUAAGAUGGUUUAUGUACCAAAUUGGUUCUCAGUUGAUCUGAAGACUGGAAUGCUGACGAUAACACUAGAUGAAAGUGAUUGCUUUGCUGCAUGGGUUUCUGCCAAGGAUGCUGGAUUCAGCAGUUCGGAUGGAUCUGACCCAAAAUUGAAUCUUGGAGGUCUCUUGCUACAAGCACUGCUGGAGUUUUGGCCCAGAACCCACAUUAAUCCCAUGGAAGAAGAGGAAAAUGAAGUAAAUCAUGUGGCAAAUGGUGAGCAAGAAAACCGGAUACAGAAAGGCAAUGGGUAUUUCCAAGUGCCCCCACAUACACCAGUUAUCUUUGGUGAAGCUGGAGGCCGCACCCUUUUCAGGUUAUUAUGUAGAGACUCUGGUGGAGAAACAGAAUCCAUGUUACUCAAUGAGACGGUGCCGCAGUGGGUGAUUGAUAUCACUGUAGAUAAAAAUAUGCCAAAAUUCAACAAAAUCCCCUUCUACCUCCAACCCCAUUCAUCAUCUGGUGCAAAAACUCUGAAAAAAGACAGAUUGUCAGCAAGUGACAUGCUCCAAGUCAGGAAAGUGAUGGAACAUGUAUAUGAGAAGAUAAUAAAUGCGGAUACAGAGUCUCAGACAACAAGCUCGUCCAAUAACGAGAAGCCGGGAGAACAAGAAAAAGAGGAAGAUAUCGCUGUGUUGGCAGAAGAGAAGAUCGAGCUUCUUUGUCAGGACCAGAAUGAAAAUUGCCGGUGGGAUGGCAUUCAGAGCGAUUCACUUUACAAAGCUGCCCAAGAUUGCCUCACGAGGAAACUUCAGGCGACUUCGGAAAACAGAUAUUGGACCCUAACAUGGACCUCCGGACUGUAAAGCACUUCAUAUGGAAGAGCGGUGGUGACCUUACACUCCAUUAUCGACAGAAAUCCACGUGAAAGUAACAAACACCUGGUCGUUCCUUUAAGCGGACUGUACUCCUGGUAUAAUCAUUAGUUCUGUAUAGAAGCCUAGUGAACUACAUGCAGCCAGUACAGACCCACUCUUGUACGUAUAGCAAAUAAAUUAACAAGGUCCCAAUGUC